CAUCGACGCUGGUUUCCUCAUUACCUCUGGAUCUACUAUCCGGAUCGUUCCCUACUGAAGACUCGACGUCGGCAUCUGGGCAAUCCGCACCUCCACAGCCACCGUCGCCGCCACCAUCAGCACCGCCAGCAACCACAGACAACCCGCGGAUAGCACCCCGGACACCAACGUCGACUUGCGCCGCAUCACCCCCUGACCAAACCCUGCCUCUACCCCCUGCCCCCGAGCGCUCUGUCACAGCUACCCAAGACAGACCCCACGCUCCAGUGUCGCCGACCCUAUUAGCGUUCCAUGAUGCAACGGCUGUAAAACAACAGCUUGAAUUCAGAGUACGUACGCUUGAACGUCGUCUUCAUCAGAGUGAAAUACAGAGUCGUCGUCUAGCACGUCAAGCGCGUCAAGCACGUAAAUACCGCCGUUCUGCGAGAAAUAUACGUGAAGAAUUCAUCUUUAAGGACGUCACGAAUAAAGCGCUGGUGUCUGAAGUUCUGAGACUCCUAAAACAACAAGGACCUGGUGGUAACAGACGUCGUGGACUGAUCUGACUGAAGUUCGACCCCAGUAAGGUCCAUUUGGAUCCUCAUUAUUUAAAAGCAGUGAUGGGUGAUUACGGUUUGAGGUUGCUGUUGCACUGCGGGUGAUUGUGUUUUGAGGUCGCUGUUGCAUCGCGGGUGAUUGUGUUUUGAGACUGUUGUUUUGUUUAUUAAAUGUUUUUUAAUUAUUAUUUUAUUGUUAUUGUUAUUAUUGUUAUUACGCUAUGGCCAACCAUGAUGGUUUUCCUUCCGGUUCUGACCCUGAAUCCACACACAACCAGGACACUACACCACACCUCAUUGACCAGAGUGCUUCACCAACACGUAUGUUUCUGUCUCACUUGUUUGACAACGUGUCUGAGGAGGAUGUAGUGCAGGUCUAUGAUCCGAGUAUAAAUGAAAACAUGGAGUCAAUUUUUUUCGGCGAGAGAGAGGAUAACCGAAUUUUAAAUAUGGUUCCUGCAUCAUCUCGUGAGGGUAGGGCUGAUACCUCUUUAGACAAUGGCGAUCGGUUAGAAAGGUUUGUUGAUAAUCUGCAGACGACUGAUUCAGGGACAACUGCUCUUGACCCUCUGGUAGAUGUGUCUGACUCUAACUGUAGCGAUGACAAUGUUGAUGAUGACGGUGAUUCGCUUCAGGAAGGAUGUUGUAUUAGAGGUACCGGUAUUGAAUCAGAAGUCAUAGAGCCUUUUAACACCGAUAGGAUAAGAAGGGUGCUAACACGUCCUGCUGUACCGGACACUCCUGAUUUAGCUACUUUCUACAGAGGUUGGAUGCAACAGGUCAGGGAGUUGGCUGAUGAAGCGCAGAGACUGGCAGAUCGAGAGGAUGUGGUUCAGCUUGAAGUGGUAGGUGAAGAUGUUCAAGAACACGUUAAUGUUGUGGUUGAAGGCGACGGUGGAAAUAUCUACCCUGCUUUUGAGGACCUCCUUAGCAACACAGUGCAAUCUGACAGAGUCAUCGCUAUGGGUAAGAGAAUUGAAUUAACGGUCCAAAUUGUACAUAUCCCUCGAGGAGGCGCGAAACGCAAGCUCGAGAAGACGCUGGAUGCCAAAAUUUUUGUUAAAAAAAGACGACAUCUCUAUGUAGUUGGUGGUGAUGGAACCAAGCAGCUUUGCGUCGCAAUCAGCCUUUCUUGUCUCCUUAAUCCUAACCGUGCGUAUCAAGAUUGUGUUGAGUUGGGGAGGGAAUUAUUAAACAAAGCUGGUUUAGAUUCUCAAACACCUAUCAUAUUCACAGAUAUACCCCUGUUUGAACGGAUAGCACGAAUGGCCCCAGACAGCCUCGUUGGAGGCAGGAUCGUGCCGACAAUCGACCCCAAGCAAAGGGGCAGGAUCGUCCCCAUCCGAAACCAGUGUCCGACGAAGACUGGAAAGCGAUGA